GGGGGUGUAGAAAAGAGGGAGAGAUGGGGGGUAGUCGAGGAGCUAAUCCCGGGGGUAGGUCAACAGUUAAACCCGAUCAGGGUAAAGCCAAACCCUAGAUCACGGUAAUUUAUAACAUCUCAGAUCUUGUAUAUAUAUACACACAACCCAAGUGCAAUCAUUCCACCAGAACUUGUUUUCAUACUGUUAAUAUUUCUCCUCAAAAGUGCAAAACCUUCCAAUCUUCCAGCCAGUUUUCAUUAGCUGUUAGUAAUAAUUUCCUCAAUGAUUGCUUCUCCAACCAUCCCCUGAAAAAUUGAGUUUUAAAAAAACCCAUAUAUGCGGUAUAAUCAAUGCACGUGUAUUGAUUUUGGAUAGUUAUGGAUAAUGAGGGAGUGGUGGAUUCAGCUGACUUGGGUUGUCAGCAGAGUUUAGAGAAUUCGAGCGGGUUGGAUGAUGUUCACAAUGCGUGUGAUACUGUGGUAGUUUUAAUAAGAUCAGAAGUGGAACAACAAGAUGGUUUGGAUCCAAAUGGGGAUUCAAAUGAAGCUGUGAGUGUGUUGGUGGGAUGUACUAGUAAGGAGGGUGGGGGGAAAAAACAGGACUGUAAAGAUGGAAAUGAAUCUUCUUGCGUAAUCGACGUGGAUGAGAGAUGUGGUGAGAGUUGUGAGGGGGAAAGGGUUUGCAGGAUUUGUCAUUUGAGUCCUCAAUUUUUUGAGACAGCGACGGAGACGACCACAAGUGGGUUGAUUCAGCUGGGUUGUGGUUGUAAAGAUGAGCUGGGGAUUGUUCAUGUUUAUUGUGCAGAGGCUUGGUUUAAGCUGAGAGGGAAUAGGCAGUGUGAAAUUUGUGGUGAGACUGCCAAAAAUGUUAAAGGUGGCGGGGAUAACAGAUUAACUGAAGAGUGCAAUGAGAUGAGAUCUGCUGUUAGUGCGACAAACUUUUCUGCAAGGAGUGGAGUAUAUUUGCGAGGACAGCCAUUUUGUAACUUCCUAUUGGCUUGCCUGGUAAUAGCCUUUGUGCUCCCGUGGUUCUUCCGUGUAAAUGUGUUCUGAUUGAAAUGAGCGAAGUUCGAAAUUAUUUUCAGUGCAUCAUUAAUUUCGCUUGACUGCGUUGAUUUUGAGGGAUGUUGUCAGAUACUUUAAGCCACUUUAGGCUCUGUUUGGAUCUUCAAUUUGUCAGGGGAUUUUGAGCGGGGAAUGAAUAGGGGAGUGGGAGAGCUGGUAAUUUUCAAAGGAAGGAGGUAAUCCAAGAUCCAAACACUGCUUUACUGGUUGUGUACUUCCCGCCAUGGACUAUUAGAGGGGUGGAUGCUCUUCCUCUUCAAAUAGGCAAGUUGUCAGCUCGACAACCAGCACAGAUCGGUGUAGUAGGCCUGUCCAGAGAUUCAAUAUAAAUUUUGCGGAUCGGCAUUGAUUUUCAAUAUUCCAGGCCAGAAAUUUAUGGUCAUGCCAAAAUUCUUAGCGAGUUUUUUUGCAUUUCCCUUUGUUCUUCCCUUCUCUGGCUUCGAGGGAUUAUCAGCUUCACUAGCUCCUGCUUUUCAGAGUUCUUCAUUAUACACAUGUUGCAAAUUAAACAACCAGAGUUGCUUUAGAUGGAAUACGAUCUUUUUUGUUCGGUUUCUGAUGAGCUUCAUUGUAAACUUUACUUUCUUUGAAUGCAACUUUUCUUGAGUGACUGAAAUAUGUAGCACGAAUUCUGGAAUAAUGUGCAGCAGUCCUAUAAGCAUUGUUUAAUAAUUUCUUAAAUAUUUUUACUUA